AUGGCUCAUAUGGCAAGGACACUGGCCAGGACAGCACGACUCCUCCUUAUAAAUACACCACGUAUUAGAACAGUGCAGAAAGAACCACCACUUCAUAACAGGACUCACCUCUGUCUGAUUUCCCCCAACUCACUGGUCCGACCCUUUUGUAGCAGUGGCAGUGAGUCAAGUGACAGUUCACAGUCCCUAGGGAAGGUCAGUCCUCAGCUCAAGCUAGUUUACACCUGCAAGGUUUGCAGCACCAGGCAGACCAAGUACAUCUCCCAGCUGGCAUACAAGAAGGGUGUGGUGAUUGUGACCUGUGAGGGUUGUGCUAAAAACCACCUGGUAGCUGAUAACCUGGGAUGGUUUUCUGAUCUUGAUGGAAAAAAGAACAUAGAGGAGAUUUUGGCAGCAAGAGGAGAGGUGGUGAGGAGGGGCAUUGUGGCCUCGUAUGGUGUGACUGAGUCUGAGGGUGCAGCAGGUGGCAGUAAGGAAGACACCCUAGAAGAAAAGGAAGCCAAGGGUGCUCAGGCUGCUUGGAGUGCUGCUCAGGACACACUCAGACAGAUGGCUGAAGAUGUUGAGGUCCCGGGUGCAGACACAGAUAACACCCAAGUGCACCAGAAGAAAUAAUUAUGUACUACUUGUUAGGAGUGAGUUAAAGUAGAUAAUCUUUUCAAA